GUUUUUAGCAGAGCGCCAUUUUGGCUCCUGACUGAGACGCGUUGUGUGAUUGGGUUCCAGGCGCCGCUAUCAGAGCCAAUCAGAGGUUCAUCGGGCGGCGGCGCAGACGAUUUGUGUUGUGUGCUGAUCUCAUAACUCAAACGGCAGCGGUCAGACAUCCAGCAUGGAGCAGUACACUACCGCCACAACGUCCACCGGAGAACAGAUAGUGGUACAGACCAGUGGUGGACAGAUCCAACAACAGGGUACAGUGACUGCGUUGCAGCUGCAGACUGAGCCUCAGAUAGGCCAGACUGCAGCCCAGCAGGUUCUGCAGGUAGUUCAAGGGCAACCUCUCAUGGUACAAGUCAGUGGCGGUCAACUCAUCACAUCCUCUGGACAGCCCAUAAUGGUACAGGCAAUGACAGGUGGACAGGGUCAAACCAUCAUGCAGGUACCUGUUUCAGGUACACAAGGGCUACAGCAGAUUCAGUUGGUACAGCCGGGUCAGAUCCAGCUUCCGGGCGGACAGACUUUACAGUUACAGGGUCAACAAGGACAGACCCAACAGAUCAUAAUUCAACAGCCACAGACUGCGGUCACAGCCGGACAGAACCAGGGUCAACAGCAGAUAACUGUACAGGGACAGCAGGUGGCACAAACCGCUGAGGGACAGACCAUCGUUUAUCAGCCCGUGAACGCUGAUGGAACCAUCUUACAGCAAGGAAUGAUCACCAUUCCCGCAUCGUCAUUAGCCGGAGCCCAGCUGGUCUCGGCUGGAUCCAACACAAACAACACCAACACCGGUCAGGGCACAGUGACCGUUACUCUGCCCAUGGCAGGAAACAUGGUCAAUGCUGGAGGAAUGGUCAUGAUGGUCCCUGGGGGUGGCACGUCGGUACCCACCAUGCAGCGUAUUCCACUUCCUGGUGCUGAGAUGCUGGAGGAGGAGCCUCUCUAUGUCAAUGCUAAACAGUAUCACCGGAUUCUCAAGAGGAGACAAGCACGUGCCAAACUAGAGGCGGAGGGCAAGAUACCCAAAGAGAGAAGAAAAUACCUGCACGAGUCUCGUCAUCGUCACGCCAUGGGCCGGAAACGUGGAGACGGUGGUCGCUUCUUCUCUCCUAAGGAAAAGGAAGAAAUGGCUUUGCAGGCCUUAAAGGUGAGCGAGGGGCUUGAGCUCAGCUCUCAUUGGGCAGCCACCUCUGCCCCGCCGCUGGGGUAACCUAACGACAGGUUUUUCAUCCAAUGCCAACCCCUAUCACAGCCAAGAGACUGAAAUCACCAUGUCCACCUACUUAAUUUAAUUUAGACCAUCCAUACGCUGUGGCUAUGUGCCCGAGCUACCUCAUGUGUCUUUAUGUACUCACAUCUGAACCCUGUUUCUGUCUGCGAAUUUACUGGUAAAUAAAACCCAACAUGUAUACUGAGAUUUUAAUGUUGUAGUAUAUAGUAAAUACUAUGUAAAAAUGAAUCCCCAUGUUUAUAAAUGCUUUUCUGUUAUGAGAUUUUUAUUUUAAUUAUUUAAAUAUAUAGCUCAACACCUUUUGGUCACGUUGAUACUUAGAGCAAGCUCAUGGUUCCCUUUGUGUCCAUAACUUAUGCUUGACUACUGCCAAAUGGUGAGAAAUUGAAGUUGAAAGUUAAAACUGUGCCAGCUAUAAACAUGGGAGAUAACACAUUUCAUCCUGUGAAUAAUAAAGCAUUCAUUUCUAAAAUGUCCAACUGCUACUAAAAGGUAAAUCUUCCACCUCUGGCUUCUUUGUUCUCUGUGCAUUUCUGCUGUCUGUCUUACCAUACUAUAAAUGUCUAGCCAGACUGCUGUUGUUAUUUUCUGAAUGCUGAGAUCUGUAUAAAGCUUUGCCCAUUGGUCUAAACGAAUAUGGUUGUUUCAUUUGUGAUGUAUGGCUUGGCUUUCACCCCUUAAUGCUCUUCUGUCUUUGCCCAGAGCUGUUGCUUUGUUGUCGCUUUUGCCAUCUUAUGUUUCAUCCACAUUGAGCUGUAUGUGGGCUCGUGUUUGACUUUGCAUUGCAUUUGUGUUCAUUACUAAAUGAUAUAUGCAAAUAAACUUUCAUUUUGGAUUUUUACACAA